AUGGCUACCAACCAUACGACUACCCCUCCAGCGGAUUACGGGCACAGAUUGAUACCCUCUCUGGUGGAUGAAUAUGCUCGAACCGAUCCAGACUACGUCUUUGCACUGGUUCCAAAGGCGGCAAGCUUCGCGGAUGGCCUGGAGAAGAUCACUAUCAGUACCUUUGCUCGGGCAGUGAACGAGAUUGCCUCGCGGAUCGACUCGACUCUCGGGAAGAGUACUGAUUUCGACACGAUUGCCUACAUUGGUCCCACGGAUCUCAGGUACUUUGUCAUUGCCAUUGCUGCUUCCAAAGCGGGUUAUAAGACUUUACUACCCUCCCCACGCAAUAGCAUCGAGGGCAUUCUAUCUCUUCUCCAAUCCACCAAAUGCCAGACCUUGCUCAGCGCCCCCGAUACCAAAGUCGACCACAUCUUGGAAAAACAUUCCAUGCGACACAUUGUCAUUAGAACAUUCAAGGAGUGGGUGGCUUCAGAGUCUGUUGCCCACUAUCCAUACGAGAAGACUUUCGAGGAGGCAGCUCAUGACCCGUUCAUCGUCAUACAUACAUCGGGGAGUACUGGCUUACCGAAGCCUGUCACACUUUACCACGGAGGACUCGCAACUCCAGAUGCGCAUCACAUGAUGCCUCGGUUGGAUGGUUACGAUCCUGAGAUCAUUACUCCGCAAGGCCAAGGCCCUACACGCAUUUUCACUAGCCUGCCCCCGUUUCAUGUGGCUGGGAUACUGGGUUCACUUGUUCUUGCCUUGUAUUACCACCAAACAAUCGUUUGGCCGCCUGCUGGCCGACCAGUCAGUACAGAUAUGGUCGAUGACCUUCUCGAUAACGUGGAGGUAGACGGUUGCUUCCUUGCACCUUCUGUGUUGGAGGACUUGAGUCAGUCGGAGAGCUCUCUGGAGAAGUUGAGGAAAAUCAAAUUUGUGGAAUAUGGUGGAGGGCCUCUUGCCAGACGUGCUGGUGAUAUAGUCGCAAAGUAUACCAAUAUCAUCAACAUAUUGGGCUCUUCAGAAGCGGCACUCUCACCACUAUAUCACAAGGAGCCAGAAGACUGGAUGUAUUUCCACUUUAAUCCUGAGAUGAAAGGUGUCGAAUUUCGAGAGGUCAGUGACGGGCUUUACGAACAGUUCUUUCUGCGUCAUCCGUCCACGGAUACCUAUCACGCCACGUGGUACACUUUUCCGGACCAGUCAGAGUACUCGAUGAAAGACCUCUUCUCUAAGCAUCCGACGAAACCCAACUUAUGGUUCUAUGAGGGCAGAUCAGACGAUGUGAUUGUGUUCUCCAAUGGUGAAAAGUUCAAUCCCAGCGCAAUGGAAGCCACAUUGCGUACGCACCCGGAUGUCAGUCGUGUUGUUGUUGUUGGGCAGGCGAGGUUCGAGCCAGCCGCGUUGAUUGAGCUCAAGGGAUCACCGUCGGAAGAGGCGAAGAAGGAUCUACUCGAUAGCUUCACACCAUACCUCAUCAAGGUCAAUGAGACCGCCCCAGCUUACGCGAAGCUUCAGCGAGAUCACAUCGCUUUUAUCAAACCAGACAAGCCAAUGAUUAUGGCGGACAAAGGUACUGUCAAGCGAGCCGCGACUACGAAAGCGUACGAGGAGGAGAUCGAUCAAAUCUAUGCGAAUGCUGACGAUGCUUCAUUACCUACAAUCAGUCUGGAUGCUGAGGAUCUAGAUGCUCUAACAGAAGGGUUGCGAGAGCUUUUGGUGGGGACCAUCGGACUGGAAGCCAUUGCACCAGACCAGGACAUCUUCGCCGUUGGAGCGGAUUCCUUGCAAGUCAUGAAUCUCGUGCGACAGCUCCGGUCUUCUUUCACAGCUCAGCAGGGACAUGGAGUGAUCUCUCCUCAUUUGAUUACGCCAAAGAUUGUAUACUCCAAUCCAACAGCAGCCAGACUAGCCAAUGCUCUCCACCAACUGACGGGUCAUAGCGCAGAAGUUUCCGAGAAAUUGGAGGAAGAACGAAUCAAAAAGAUGGAAGAAAUGCUUUCCAAGUACUCGGAAGACCUACCGAAAGCCUCUGCGAAAGACCUACCGGAAGCCUUUGCCAACGGUGUUGAUAUCAAAGAAGACAACGACAAGCUGACUGUUGUCCUCACGGGCAGUACCGGCUCCCUCGGCUCCUACCUUCUCGACGCUUUGCUGGCCUCUGACCAAGUGUCGAAAAUCAUCUGCCUCAACCGUGGAAUCCACAGCGAAGACAAGCAGAAAAAAUCGAAUGCCUCUCGAGGCCUUGUUACUGAAUGGGGAAGAGACAAGGUCCAAUUCCUUACUACUGACCUCGGCAAACCUCGUCUCGGCUUGAACGACCACGACUAUGAUCUCCUCGUCAAAGAAGCCUCCUUCAUAAUCCACAACCAAUGGCAGGUAGAUUUCAACCUCAGCCUCGACUCGUUCGAGCCCCACAUCGCCGGCGUCCGCGACUUCAUCACCCUCUCAAGCGAAUCGGCCAAGAAGCCCCCGAUCCUAUUCACAUCCAGCGUCUCCACGCUCGGGAACUGGCACGCCAAACACCCGGGCGAGAAAGUGCCGGAAAAGGCGUUUCACGACUUCACUAUCCCCUUGGCGAUGGGUUACGGCGAGUCGAAAUAUAUCGCCGAGUUGCUGCUCGAAGCCGGCGCGGAGAAGUGCGGGGUCCCCGCCGUCAUCUGCCGGGUAGGGCAGCUGGCGGGUCCGGUGACGAAGAAGGGAGGGAUGUGGAGUAAGCAGGAAUGGCUCCCGAGUAUAAUAGCAAGCUCGAAAUACCUCAACCAAAUCCCCACCGACAUCCCAAGCCAGGACACCGUAUCCUGGGUCCCCGUCGACAUCACCGCCAACAUCAUCCUCGACCUCGUCCUCGCCAACGCCUCCCAACCACCACUACCAUCAUCAGCCGAGGCCCCCAAAUCCCACCAUUACAACAUCGUAAACCCGCACCCCGGCUCCUGGUCCGCCCUCGUCCCCGCCGUAACCCGCUAUUUCCAAGGCGGCAACGACGGCACAGCCAAAACCCCCGCGCCACCCAUCACCCCCGUCCCCUUCACGGCCUGGCUCUCCGCCCUCCGCGCCUCCGCGGCCCUGGGCACCGAGGACGUGGCCCGGAACCCGGGCAUCAAGCUGCUCGAGUUCUACGGCGGGAUGAGCGAGGACGGGGCGGCGGAGGAGGUGAUGCUGGAGACGGCGGAGACGGCGAGGAGCAGUGCGAGCAUGCGGGCGUUGGGGCCGGUGGGGGAGGAGUGGAUGGGGAUUUGGUUGCGGCAGUGGGGGUUUUAG